GGGAGUCGUAGUCGUCGCGUUAGUCGGCCGCAAAGCCUAUACGUUGUAUACACGCACAGCAGAUCGCGCGAUCGUCGGGAGAAAAAAAUAUAUUAAAAGUGAUAAUAGUAAUAAUAAUAGAGUUUUGUUAUAAUACAAACAUAAUAUUAUUAUUAUAGCACACGAUUGUUUCGCGCGAAUCGACUCGCGUCUAUUGUGUCUCCGUCGUUCUGUCCGUUCGGUUUCGUAUAAAUGAAUCGGUAAUAUUUUAUAUUAUUAAUAUAUUUCGCUCUGCAAUUAAUCUACUCACUACGGUGUUCGACGUCCGAUUUCAAAUUUUGCCGUCGUUCGCUGUCGAUAUACAUAAAUAUAUUUUCACACAACCGCAUCGCACCUCGCUGAUAAUCGGCUGUCUGUACAAUACAUAUACCCUUUACUACGCGUCCAGUCGUGCCAUGCCGUCGUGUCGUUGAGUCGAGUGAAUGCACAGCAGUGAUGUUGAUCGGCAGCGGUACAGCAGGCAGCUUCGGGAGUUUCAACGUGGACCAUCCGGGCGGGCCCAGCAUCAUCAGCGGUCUACAAGGGUCGCCUCACCACGCGAGCACCGCCAGCCAGCCCCAACAACAUUCGCCGGGCUCGUCGUCGGGCGGCGGCGGCAGCGGCAGUGCCGGAGGAGGUAGCGCCAUGACGCCACUUUUGCCGUCGUUCGGGUUCACCCAGGAACAGGUGGCCUGCGUGUGCGAGGUGCUCCAGCAAUCCGGAAACAUCGAGCGGCUGGGCAGGUUCCUGUGGUCGCUGCCCAGUUGCGACAAGCUUCACAAGCACGAGAGCGUACUCAAGGCAAAGGCCAUCGUGGCGUUUCACCGGGGUAACUUCAAAGAGCUGUACCGUCUGCUGGAGAGCAACCAGUUCUCCGCACACAACCACCCCAAGCUGCAGGCGCUCUGGCUCAAGGCGCACUACGUGGAAGCCGAAAAGCUCAGGGGUCGUCCGCUGGGUGCUGUCGGAAAGUACCGGGUCCGCCGCAAGUUUCCGUUGCCUCGGACCAUAUGGGACGGCGAGGAGACCAGCUACUGUUUUAAGGAAAAGUCCCGGAUGGUGUUACGCGAAUGGUACGCCAGUAAUCCGUAUCCGAGUCCCAGGGAGAAAAGGGAAUUGGCCGAGGCCACUGGAUUGACUACGACCCAGGUGUCCAACUGGUUCAAAAACCGCAGGCAAAGAGACCGGGCGGCCGAACAGAAAGAUGGCAUGUCCGGCAGCCGGAGUCCAACGGGAAUGGGUGACGGAUGCGAUAAGAUGGUCGGUGGCCCGCCGUCUAACUUAGACUCCAGUUCGUCCGAAUCUAUAGACGGCGACAACAUGAAGUCGCACAUACAUAUGCUGCACAAACCCAGCGCGAUAUCGUUCGGGCACUCGAUGAUCACAAGCCAGGACCAUUUGUCCAGUCACGAGAUGAUGUUCGGAAGCGGAGGCGACCUCAAGUCGUCGAUGUCCGGCGUCGGGGGCGUCGGCGCGGGCGGCAUGUCCAUGAUGGCCAACUCGGCGGCCGCGGCCGCGGCGUACCACCACCAGACACAGCUGAUCGGCGGCGGCGGCGUAGGAGGCGGCGGCGGCGGCGGCAUCGUCGGCGGAUUCGGGUCGCCCAUCGGGAGUCGCCCGCUGAUCGGCACCGGCGUCGGCGGCGUCGGCAACGGCGACCACCACAGCCACUUGCAGCAGAUCGCCGCCGGCCACCCCGCCGAUCCUUCGCUACUGCACGACUACCAUUCCUUAUGACAGUGGGUGUCUGGCUACAACGGUGGCCAGCAAUGAUGUCGUAUAAUACUAUACAUUAUAUAUUAUCAUUGUACACACGCGACCGAGACGCAUCAUCACCCGCACCCGCACGCCGCUCGCACCCACACGGCACCCAUCACACGCGCGUCGCAAACACAACACAAUAUACAUGAACGCACACCACCCGGCGGUGCGUACACAACACAUAGUUGGCCGCGCGAAACCCAUCCGUGCGGGGUGAAGAGAUCCGAUCGGAUUCGCACGGUGGCGAGCGAGUUCGCACUUUUCGUUUGCACAUCAUAAUAAUUAAUUAUUUAUAAAAUACAACACAUACGACGACGACGA